CAGUGGGGGCAGCACCGGCCGCUCUACUCACCCGCCGCCAGGGGGCGCCCGUCACACCGUCUCCAGCAAGAUGGCGGCGGGCCGGAUCCCGGCGGCGGCGCUCGGCCUGAGAGAGUUUAUGCUUCGUAAAAACGUCCUGAGUUUGUACAGGAAGAUUUUAAAGACCAUUAAUCAGAUUCCAAAUGAUGGAGACAAGCAGCACCUUAAAAAUUGGGCUAGACAAGAAUUCAAACAGAACAAAAAUGCUACAAAUCAAGAUACGAUACGAAUGAUGCUUACCCAUGGAAACAUGCAGCUGCAGGAGCUGGAGAAAAUGCUUCAAUUUGCAAAAUGAAAGGAAGAAAUUCUGAAAUGGCUUAAGCUGGAUUUUCUACAAGUAGUUCUGUUCAGACCUGUUUGUGGGACAUGUACUUCUGGCUCUGAUGAAAUAUUUUCACAAACAGCGGUAACUUUAACUUUCAAUGAAACAACCAUUUGAAAUGACUUGAGAUAUGGAAUUUUAUAUACUCGGAAAAAAGUCCAACGUUCAUACUGUGCAAGACUUUGAGACAAACACAUGAUGAAACCCAUCAGCCUAAUAUUUAAAAGUUUCACACUGCUUGUGUUAGAAUUGGAUGUUGAUCAGUUACCUAUACAUUAUUAUUGGGAUUAAAUGUUUACUAAAUUACUCAGAUGGCUAUAUUUUUAAACAGGUCUUUGAACUCAAGGGAAAAUUAAUAAGAGUAAGUGAUUGUACAAUGUUCAAGAAGGAACUGCAGAUGCUGGAAAAUCGAAGGUAGACAAAAGUGCUGGAGAAACUCAGCGGGUGCAGCAGCAUCUAUGGAGCGAAGGAAAUAAGUCUGAAGAAGGGUUUCAGCCCGAAACGUUGCUUAUUUCCUUUGCCCCAUAGAUGCUGACAAGUGUUUGUACAAACCUGGUACAUGAAUACAUCAGUUCAGUUAACACUACUGAGCUGAAAAACCGAGCAUUUGUGUAAUUAACAUUGGUUUUAGGGAGUUUCUUUCACUGCAGUCCUGAUUUGUCUGUAUUCAUUGCAUUCUGAAGAUAAUAACUGCAGAGUUGAAAACAUAAUUGUACAGAGCAUUGGUGUUUGAACAAAUAUUUAUUAUUUUAUCUCCACAGACAUGGAUUGUGUGCAUUCUUUAUCAUGUGUUUAAUUACAUAGCAGCUGAAAGAGAUUGUUUCUUUUCAGAAAAAAAUAAAAGAUAUGCAAGUA